CGCGGGGACCCGGGGGCGUGGGGGGGGGGCGGUUCUUGCCCAGGCGGGCCCAUCCCCGGCCCCGCCGAGUGUGGUCGGACGGGCUGGGGGCCGCGGCGCCCCCGCCUCUCGGAGGCCCCCCGAGGUGGGGGUGGCGCGGGGCGGACCCUCGGGCGGCGGCUCGACCUGCGCGCCCCCGCCCCGCGUGCCCCCGCGCGCGCCCUCGCAGGCCUCAGUUUCCCCCGCGCAUCCCGGGUGCGAGGGGGUCGGGGUCCCCCGCCCGCGGCAGCAGGACGUCGCCGCGGGGGGCCGCUCGCGCCUCCCCCUCUCGCCCUGCGCGGCCCGGCCCGGCCGCUGAUUCACGCGGGCGGCGGCGGGUCGCCCCGGGAGGCCUCCACCCCGCGCCGGGGCCGGCCGGUCCGGCGGGCGCUGAGAGGGCGGAGCCCCGGCCGGGGGCGCGCGGGCCGUGGUGGGAUUCGAACCUGCGGCCAGCCGUCUCCUCGCUCGCGCGCAGGGGAGUCGGGAGCUGCACCGCGCCCCGGGCUGUUGUGGAACUGGGGGCCUCGGGGCGGCGCGGACCAAACCUCCAAACCUGUCCGGCGGGUUUGCGGGCCAGGCGGGGGGAGGUGGCCGCCCGAGGCCGCCUCCCCGCCUCCUCCAGGGGCCUGGAGACAAAGGCUCUGUGUUUGCUCCGGGGCUGCGAGGACAAUGGCCCCGGAAUUCUGCCCCAGGUGCAGGGAGGGGCCCCUCCAGCCUGGAGUGGCCUCCCCCCAGCCGGGCUCCCGCUCCUCCUCCGGCGAAGGAGGGGUGCGCCCAGGCUGCAGGCAGAGGCCAGGCGCUCCUCCCUGGUCCCAGAAGAGACCCCUUUGGGGCUGGGCCAGGGGGCAGAUGGAGGUCUCCAGGGGGCGUCUGCCAACCCUGGACAUCGUUUCCCGAGCACUUGUUUGUGUAAGCACGCGUGCGGUGCUUGCUCUGUGCCAGGAUUUCUGCCGUCAGCCCGUGAGGGAGGUGCUGGUGUGCUCCCCAGCUUGGACCCAGCAGUGUUCAGCUGCCCAGUGGAGGUCACACAGUAGCGGGUGGGGGGGGCUGCGGAGCUGAGGUUAGGUUGGGUGCCACUGCCAGGUGCCAGGUGCCAGGUGUUGGGGGCCCAGGCAGAACCAGCUCCCAGUCUAGAAGCUUCCGUAGACGAACAGGUCAGUUUUAGAUGGUGACAAGAGCCCUGGGGAAAACACCGGGGGCCGAGACCAGGGCUUGACGCAGAGGCAGGGAGGCUCUGGCGGUGUCUGCCGAGGGGGACGUCUGAGCCACAGCGGCCGGGGAGAGCCCAGCUGCAGUUCUGAUCGGCAGCGUCCGACCCUUCGGGUAAAGGCCUGGGGGACAGGAGUUGGGGGGCAGGCUGGCUGCCCAGGCCCCUGUGGGAGCCCCUCCCCUGCUCAGGCUGUGGGGAUAGGGCUCGACUUGGUUUCUCAGCCUCUUCUAGGCAGCCCCCCCACCCCUGCCGCCAGCCCCUCUCCCCAGCGCUCUGCUCUCCAGGUUCAGGGCCACCUCUGGCCACCCCUCUGGGGGGGGGUGCUCUUCCCCAGAUCUCCCCUGAACGUCUUCCUUUAAGCCGCCUUCCCUGUGUGGCCUUCCCGACACCCUGCUGAAAGCCACCUCCCCGAUGCCAGGCCUCUGCGUGCCUGUUAUUGUUGUUUCUGGCUGCUCGCUGCUGCACGAGGCAGACCUCUGCGUCCUUCAUCGCCUCUUUCCCUGUAGCAGCGCCAGCGCGGGGCGGUCCCGGGGCCCUUGAAUUUGGCCAUUGGGAGCAGUUGGCGCUGCCUGCCCGCUGCUCUGGGAUGCAGGCCCAGCGCAGCCACACCCUCUUCCUCGUGUCACCUGCCCUGCCGAGGCCAAAGGGCACCCUGCCUGGGUUUGUCUCUGUGCACCCACCCUGGGGGGCAGGGUGCCCUGUGCCCCAGCCGCCCUCGGUCACCCUUGGCUGCGGGGCCCCGGACGCCAGGGCUGCGGCCGUGCCAGGCGGGGCCGGUCAUGACGUGUGGCUCCUGAAAGCACCUUUGGACGGAGCUCCCAGGGCCUGGGCUGGGCCUGGCGGGUCACCUGUGGCCUGCUCAGGAAUGGGGUGUGGAUGUCGUGUGUUCCUGAUCGCUGGCCGGCCGUGGAACAGCAAGCAGGGCGUCCUCCUCGUCACAGACUCCCGUGGAGCACUGGCCUUGGCCGGGCCCCGGGCAGGCCCCAGAGACUCAGCCUUGAACACGACAGGUCCCCCCCGGUGCUCACAGGGCGGUGUGUGUGCCCAGGGAGUCAUUCGGGUGUCACACCGUGACUGCACAGCUGCACCCAGGCAAGAACCAUGAAGGACGGACGUUUCCUGCUCCUCUCUGCCUUUCGUCCUCCUCACACUCGUGAACACCCCGUACCGGCGAGGGUUCUACUGCGGGGAUGACUCCAUCCGGUACCCCUACCGUCCAGACACCAUCACCAACGGGCUCAUGGCCGGGGUCAUCACCGCAGCCACCGUCGUCCUCCGGCCUCGAAGCCCCCCGCUGCUCCCCGCAGGUGUCGGCCGGGGAGGCCUACCUGGUGUACACAGACCGCCUCUACUCCCACUCCGACUUCAACAACUACCUGGCCGCCCUCUACAAGGUUCUGGGGACGUUCCUGUUCGGGGCUGCAGUCAGCCAGUCGCUGACAGACCUGGCCAAGUACAUGACCGGCCGGCUGCGGCCCAACUUCCUGGCCGUGUGUGACCCUGACUGGAGCCGCGUCAACUGCUCGGUGUAUGUGCAGGUGGAGGUGUGCAGGGGGAGCCCUGCUAAUGUCACCGAGUCCAGGUUGUCUUUCUACUCUGGACACUCCUCCUUUGGAAUGUACUGCAUGGUGUUCUUGGCGCUCUACGUGCAGGCCCGGCUGUGCUGGAAGUGGGCACGGCUGCUGCGGCCCACCGUGCAGUUCUUCCUGGUGGCCUUUGCCCUCUACGUGGGCUACACCCGCGUGUCUGACCACAAGCACCACUGGAGUGACGUUCUCGUUGGCCUGCUGCAGGGGGCACUGGUGGCCGGCCUCACUGUCCGAUACAUCUCCGACUUCUUCAAAGCCCGGCCCCCGCAGCGCUGCCCGGAGGAGGAGGAGGAGCUGGAACGGAAGCCCAGCCUGUCCCUGACCCUGACCCUGGGCGAGGCCAGCCACAACCACUGCGGGUACCCCGUCGCCUCCUCCUGAGGCCUGAGCCGCGUCCGGCUGGGGCGCGGGCUGUGGGCAGUGUGUCUGUGGUCCCGGCAAGUCCCUCAACUAGGAUGGUGGCGAGGGCCCCGCACAGGCCCCAGGCUGGAUCCUGGCGUGGCUUCCGCUGACCUCACCUCUGUGCACUGGGCCAGGGAGCUGGGGGUGCCUGGGGCAGCCCUGGCGUGUGAGGGGGCCUUUCUUCAGGACACUGUCUUGUUGGGUUAGGGAAGGGACCGAGACAGCCCGAUGGAUGCAGUUUUUGUAAAACGUAACGUGUGUGUGGAUUUUUAGUAAAAUAGGGCAUUUGCUUGACAAAUGUUCUCA